AUACCUUCUCCAAAUACGCAGUGUUUGUGCGUAAGGUGAACUGUUAACCUGCAGUCCACGCGGACUGUGUCUCAGGAGCUGCGAUGGAGGCAAUCAAAACUGAGUUCAUCCUCUCGCCGACUCCCGAGGAAAUUAUUGAACCUCCCUCUGCUACAAGUCUUCAGAAAUGUAGUGUGUGCCUGAAAAACGGCCAGUGCUUAAAAGCAUUGGAAGUUAAGACGAAUGGGAAACACAUUACAGACGUAAUCAGGCAACAUCUUGGAAUAAAAUUAGCAGAAUUUGAGCUGACAACAAUUUGCCAGCGAUGCUGGAUGCUGCUGGCGGAAUUUGAUAAAUUCUACAACAUGGUGAAUGAAGCGCACCGAGUUUUAUUGGAAACAAAUAUUGCGAAUGUUCAACGGCGACCCUCGUUGAGUGAUGUUAGAGAGGACAACGUUUGUGCGAUUGAGUUUAUAGCCAUCAAACAAGAACCAUUGGAUGCAGAAAUAUUGGGGUUCAAAGAUAAAUGUAUUGAACUUAACAAAAAUAGACUUUCUGCAAGUAUGAAACAGGAGCAAAACGAAAGCACCGAAGAACAUUAUACCAAUAGUGCAAUAGUGGACAAAGAUUUUACAGUCGAAACACCAACCUUGAAAAUUGAGUCAACCGCAAACACGGAAAAAGACAUUAUCGAGCCUCCAGUGUCCAAAAACGAUGAUAAGACAAAGAAAGGCCACGCUGGUAACGAUAUUCCGACCAAACUGUCGAGCUACAGAAAACAUACAAUAUUCAAUACAGGCAAUAUUGAGAAAAGAUUAAAUACCGCGAAACAGCAAAGAAAUGAUGCUCGUUCUUCUAAACUCAAUGUGGAUAACGAAAUUCUUCAUUUUUAUAAACGUUUAGUUUGCGAAGUUUGUGACCCGGCAAAAAUGGUAGCCGGAGAACCAUCGAUCGAAUACGCCAACCUGACAGAAUUGAAUCAUCACUUGCGCAAAACGCAUGGCCAAAGAGAAGCAGUCCUCAAAUGCCCGGUAUGUGAGAAAAAGAUAAGAUCUCGUAAAAAAAUAAUAGACCAUAAAAAUAUGCAUCUAAAUCCGGAUCAGUAUCGAUGUGAGGUGUGUGCCGAAGUGCACCAGAACAUCGAGGAACACAUGCAAAACAAACACAAGGAGCGCACGUUCGGCUGUGACGAAUGUGGUAAAAAAUUUCCUUUCAAAAUUAGAUUGACGGCCCACAUUCGUAAAAUGCACAUUACUAAGGAUGUAAUCUGCGAUCAAUGUGAUAAAGCGUUCACAAAGUAUUCUAUCGAUAACCAUAAGCGUAAUGUGCAUGGCGUCGGUUUCAUUUGUGAAUACUGUCCGAGAACGUUUAAAGGCCGUUUUCAGCUGGAUAAUCACAUGGAAGGGCAUAUUGAGAGUAGCAUGCCUUCGUCAAAGGUUACCUGCAAAGUUUGCGGCCUUGUCGUACGAAACAAGUACACCCUCGUGACCCACAUGCAACGAAUGCACAUGGAACAGACGCCGGUAUCCUGUAAAUCCUGUGGAAAGGAGUGCAAAAACAAACGCAACUUGUACGCCCAUAUGAGAGACGUUUGCACCGAUCGCAGCUUUCCGUGCACGAUCUGUAAAAAAACGUUUAAGAAAAAGAAGAAGCUUACUGAGCACAUGACGACGCACACGAAUAGCCCACUGUAUCAAUGCCAGCUGUGUCCGAAAACGUUUCGAUACGACACAGCGUUGUACACGCACCGCAGAGUUAGACACUAUGAACAGUGGCUAGAAAUCCAGCAGAAACGCAAACAAGGUGUUCAAUUUCGUCUUAAUCGAUUAACGGAUUAGAUGUACCAUGAAUACUUUGUGGAGAUUCCGAUCAAGACAACUGUACGACAGAACGUAUGUUAAGUGUUAAACAACAG